GCUAAGCAUUUUUAUCAUAAAGAUAUUGAAUAUAUUGUUGAUAAGGAAGAGCAAAAACUGGUACUGAUUGAUGCCUUAACUGGUCGCUUAGUGCCAAACCGAGUAUAUAGUUCUGGUAUUCAUCAGGCUAUUGAGAGUAAAGAAAAUUUACCAGUCAGCACCAAAAGCAAAACAAUUGCUACUAUCACUUUUCAAAACUUUUUCCGUCUCUUCGAUAAGUUGUCCGGAAUGACCGGAACUGCCAUGAGUGAAGCAGAUGAAUUUCGUCAAGUCUAUGGAAUGGAAGUAAUUGCCAUUCCUCCUUAUCGAAAGUUAAUUCGAAAAGACCUUCUGAUUGGCUCACCCAGUGUAGAAAUAUCGGAAUAUCUUUCUUCAUUGUUAGUCAAAGAAGGUAUCCCGCACAAUAAGUUAAAUGCUGUUAAUCACCAACAAGAAGCAGAAAUCGUGGCUCAAGCUGGGAAAUUAGGUGCUAUUACUAUUUCCACCAAUAUGGCCGGACGAGGAACAGAUAUUGUUUUGAGCGAAGAAAGCCGAAAAGCAGGAGGAUUAUUGGUUAUUGGGGUGGAAAGAAAUACGGCUCGACGGAUUGAUAAUCAAUUGAGAGGCCGAAGUGGACGGCAAGGAGACCCGGGCGAAAGUCGUUUUUAUGUCUCCUUAGAAGACGAAUUAAUUAAAAAUUUUGGGGUCAAAGAGCAAGUAGGAAAGAUUUUCAGCCAAAGACAACUAAAAGAACUUUUCCAUCGUCCAUUAAGUGGGAAAAUAUUCAAUUACCUUAUCUCCGAACCCCAAGAAACUUUACGGAAUUUUCAGGCUCAUAAUC